ACUACCAACUGCAACACUAUCAUGCAAUUUCUUGAUUUAAUUUUGAAGCGUGUCUUUUCCCAAGAGGCAAUAUUCGUAUUAGAUUGACGUCAACAUCCAUCCAAUAAUCAGCUAUACAGGGAGUUGCUCGCGCAGCCUACAAACAUGUUUUGACCAAUCACUAAGCCAGUGGGGCGGGCUGAUGGUUAUCUGACGCAAAGGCAACAGGUUGUCCAUAGGGAUUUUUCCCUGCUGUCAAUUUUGGUACAACUAACUAUACUUCUAAAUUCGUACGUAUUGGCAGUAUAUUCUCGCAACCACGGCGGUAUAAAGAAGAACUUUAGAAGAACCCGAAUUAGCGACUUUGCACUCGGAAUUGAGUCGUAUUUCACAGGAAGUAGCCAUGAGCUCCCUCAGCGCAGACAGGAAGGCCCCCCACGACUACGGAGUGCAGAUCCGCUUCAUCAAAGACCUGGACGACACGGGUGGGGGCUACGGCGAGCGCGGCAGGGCCACUGCUGGUGGCAGGGCCACCGGCGGUGGCGGAGCAGGGACCCCUCCCUCGUCGAGGUACGGCGUGGCGGUGCGUGUGCAGGGCAUCUCCGGCCAGCCCUAUGUGGUGCUGAAAGACGGCGAGAAGGGCGACUCGUACGGGGUGCAGCUGAAGAGCCACCCCCAGGCCCUGAGCCCCGCGCCGGGGGGGUCGUCGUCCGGCCGCAGCUCCCCGCUGCCCAGCCUGCCCAGCCUCUCCAGUCCCAGGCCCUCCUCGGACCCCCGCUCCCUCACCGCCACGCCCACCUCCCCAGAGGAGGAGCCCAACGGGGGGUUCAGGAGCCCGUCCAGGAGACCCCCUGGGGACGGGCAGGCGGGGGGGCAGGCGGAGGCUAAGGAGCUGGCGACGGAGCGGCUGCGCUCCCCUGCGUCGGCACCACCGCCAGUAACCAAUGGGGUGGAGUGUAGGAGCCUCGAGGGGCUGACUGAGGGCGGGUUGAAGAAGGUGGGGCUGAAGGGGAUUGGACGAGAGGACCGGGAUUCCUUCCCGGACCCGCCUCCCCCUGUUGCCUUUGAGGAAGUACCAGCGCAGGCCAUUGACACCAAAUCGUUGGCCCCCAUCAACAAACUCAUCAGCAAGUUUAACAGGCCCGGUACCGACCCCGCCUCCACCCCCACCAGCCAGACUCCGACCCGGGGUCGGGCGGGUGCUAGGACACGUCUCCGUUUCGACGAGAGGCGGCGUUCGCGCAGCCUGGACACUCGGAACGACCAAAGAGAAGACAGUAGUCCCCGGAAGUCCCCAUCCCCGACCUUUAACCCCUACGCCCCCUCUCUUGCAUCCUCCUCUUCCUCUUCCUCUCUUGCCUCCAACCCACCCUACAACAGCCUGGGCCGCAAGCCUGCCACAGUUGCCAAGGCAACAGCUGUCUCUGCCCCUGCCCCCGCCCCCAAACCGGUACCCUUCACCCAGCCUCCACGGAAACCACCAGUGCUUCCAAAAAAGCCAAUGACCCCUGACCUUUUACGGAACAGAAGUCAGAGUCUGGAGCUGACCAAUGGGGAAGAGUCAGACCCCAAACAGGCCAUCCUCAACAUCCUUAAGGACGGCUCCACGGAGAGUGAGGCGUCCCUGAGGCACAAAGCGUCCCUGAUCCAGGAGAGGCUGAGCGGGCCCAAGAAUUCAGCAGUGGAUGUUGAAGUGGAGAAUCAGCGACUCAAGCAGCAACUAGAGCAAAGCCAAAAAGACCUUCAGCGGGCCAAUAACCAAUUGUUUGAGAUGAGGAGGGACCAUGAAGGGGCGGAGGCUCGGCUGCAGCACCAGGAGGAUCAGCUUGCCCAUCUGCAGGAGGAGCUGAGGGGCGUCUCAGAAAACACACCCGACACAGACACACUUCAGACGGAGUUGGUGACGGCGAAGGCUGACCUGGCAGAGGCGGCCCUGCAACGACAUCGCCUGGAGGAGUCGCUACGGCAACGCGAGCGCGAGCUCACGGCUCUCAAGGGGGCGCUAAAGGAUGAGGUGGCCUCCCACGACCAGGAGAUGGAGGCCCUGAAGGAACAGUACGGCCAGGACCUGGAGAUGUUCCGACAGAGCAUGGAGAAUGUGUCACAGUCCCAGCAGGAUAUUGAGGAGGAGAGGGAGCGGGUGAACAACUCAGUUCUGGCUCUUGAGGAGGAGCUGGAGGGCAGCAUGGAGAAGGAGCAGCACUGGAAGACGCAGCUGCACUCCACCUCACAGGAAGAGGUUCAGCGCAGAGCACCUAGAACACUGCUUAAGGUGCAGGCGGAGAGGAAGGAGAUGGAAGACAAACUGAAACAGAUGUCUGGAUCUGAGGAGAAGGACUCACUGCUGCAGGAGCUACAGGGUUGCCGUGACGACCUGAAGCGCGUUGAAGUAGAGCUGGACCAACAGAAGGCGGAGUUACUGAGGAAGAAGGAGGAGCUUCAGACGGCCAGGGCGUCCAGUGAGGAGCGAGAGGAGAAACUGAAAACCGAGAUUGACAACUGGAAAGAGCAAUCACAGAAGAACCUGGAGGAGCUGGAGAGGGCGCUCGAGAAGACCAAGCAUGCGUCAGUCACCUCCUCUCAAGACCAAGGAUCGAACCUGGAGCUGCAGGAGGCCAACACACGCCUGCGAGAGAGACUGGCCCGCAUGACGCGUCUCCAGUCCAGCACGGCGGGCAGCUCAGAGGUGGAGCAGGCCCUGGAGGAGGACAACCGCUCCCUGAAGACCCAGCUGGAGGAGGCCCGGAGAGGAGCCUCGCGGCUGGGGCAGGAGCGCGACGAGCUCAGCCGGCGCCUGGAGGAGCGGGAGAGGGAGAGGGAGGCGCUGCGCAGGGGCAAGACUGAUCUGGAGGAACAGAAGAGACUGCUGGACCGGGCCCUGGAGAAGAUUAACAAAGAGAUGGAGCUGAUGAUGGGGGACUCGCGUCAGUCGGUGCAGACCCUGCAGUCUCAGCUGGAUGAGUUCAGGGACCGCUCCAGGAGAGACCUACAGGACGCCCAGCGCCUCAGCAAGGAGAGACUCACCGAGAUGCAGAGAGCGCAGGCCUCCAACAAGAACCUACAGGAAGAGGUGUCUCGUCUGAAGCGGGAGCUGCUGAGCUGCACUGAGGAGAGGGACAGCGUGCAGCUGGACAGGGACCUGAUGACCGGCCGCCUCAAACACCUGGAGAGCGAGCUGGAGGCCGAGAGGAGCUCCCACAGCGACCGCGGCCGAGGGAUCCGCAGCCUGGAGGAUAAAAUAAAGAGUCUGGAAAUUGAGCUGGAUGAGGAAAAGACUGGCACCGAGCUCCUGAAUGAUCGCGUCGCACGAAGCAGAGAACAGGUUGAUCAGCUGCGCUCUGACCUGAUGCAGGAGCGCUCAGCCAGACAUGAUCUGGAGAUGGAUAAGAGUGCUAUAGAGAGACAGGUGAAGGAGCUGAAGUCUCGUGUGGCAGACAUGGAGGGUCAGAGUCGCCCCUCUGCUGGAGUCACACUAUUGGAGGCAAAAGUGCUGGAGAUGGAGGAGCGGCUUCGCAGUGAGGAGAGGGAGAAGGGCAACAUCCAGGCAUCCCAGAGAAGGAUGGAGAGGAAGCUGAAGGAGGUGAACGCCACUCUGGAUACGGAGCGGCACCAACACGCAGAACAGAGAGACCAGCUGCUGUUGCGUGUGAAGUCUCUGAAGCGGCAGGUGGAUGAGAGCGAGGGGGAGGUGGAGCGGCUGGAGGGGGUGCGCAGGAAGUCCCUCAGGGAGCUGGAGGAGCAGCAGGAGCUGCAGGAGGUGCUGCAGGCCAAAGUCUCCGCCCUGGAGGGAGAACUCAAGAGGAAAGUGCAGCAGUCACGACGGCCGACUUUAGGCACCGGCAAUCUCAGCUCGGACGAGGAGGACGGUUACUACGACAACGGCAUCACCUCCAUCCUCACGGAGACGCAGCUUCAGACCACCAACUGCUAGAGGGAAACAGUCCAGUCUAACACCUGAUCUACUCCAGGGGUUUGGAUAAAGAAGCUUAGUGUACAAAAAGGGUUUUUAGUCAAAGCCUGAGACUGAGGACAGAAGGAGAGAGGGAAUAAUGAUGGGCUGAUGGAAAAGAGGAAAAAUAAACGUGUGUAGUUCAAAGGUGAGAGUCCAAAUGAAAAGGAUGGACAGAGGACCUGGAAGUGAAGCUAAGUGCUCUUCAUCUCAUCACAGCUCAAGUGACCUCUGACCUUUACCCAGUAGACUCUUUUCCCCAUGAUGCCCUUUGAGUGGACAAAGCAGCAAUACCGCAGCUUCACUCAAGUCUUUGACAGUUCAAGCUUUAAGAGGUCAAGAAGAUCUUCAGCAGACAGACUCCCCCUGUUGUCUACAGUGUUUCAUAUUCCAUUGGAUCUGCUGAAACAGAUUACUGACUUUUGCCUUUUCUCCACUAUUUGGACAAAGCGGAUCCAGCAUGUAGACUACGUCAUAUUGAAUGUUUCACUAUUAUUCCGAAUGUAUUCUGAUUAUAUUGCAUGACCUACCCGCCAGCUUUAAACAGGUGCGGUCAUGUUGUAGUCACUGUGAGUCAUUAGAAACACUGCCGCUGGCAUGAUGCACUUGAGCCCGAACAUGGGAACAGUACUUUGUCAUGUUUCUUUUUUGAUGUCGUUACCUUUCUUCCUCUUUACUCUGUAAUUAGUUGCAUAUUUCAAUGCAAAAAACAAAAAAACACCUGAGUUCUUGGGAAGCCAGCUUUCUGUGGACGCCAUUUUAGAGUCGCACUUCAUCAGAGACAGACAAUGACUGGUGGUUCUGAUGGCUAGUAUGUUUGCUUACGGCUGAAUGUGAACUGUGACGUCUGUUGAAAAGUGACACCUGUAAUCGAGCAGCUCAUUUGCCUGUUAAAUUUGGCUUAUUUGCUUUGGGUAGGGAAAGGGAACUCCCUUUUAUACACUUAUAACUGAAAGACAUCUCUGUUUUUCUGCAUUGACAAUAAGUCUCUUUAUUACAGGUUGGUACAUGUAGCACACUAUUUAUACUGGAAAUGCUUAAGCUAAACAGCAGACUAUUUACAUAACUAUUUAACAAAUGAAAUGUACUUUUCAAAGUGAAGGAUAACUAUUUAGUGAAUUGUAUGUGUGCAUUGACCGCACGUAUGAACUGGACUGUACAACAGGGAGAACCUGUAGCUGUAAAGAGUAUACAUUUUGGUACAGCGCUGCCUGGGAUUUGGUCUCGUUCUGUACCGAUUGAUUAUAGAGAUUUAUGAGACGGGUUAAACUCUAAAGUAGGGGCACGGAAUAGCAGCUCUGUGUAAUUUGGUGCUCGGCCUCUGGAGGGAGCACUGUAUGCCACAAUUACACUUUCAGACUCAAAGUCCUUAAAGCUUGGAUGAUGUUGGGUUGCAACACUCGGUGUGUAUAUUUGAGAUACACGGUUUGAUUUUCAGAGAGGAAUGUCAUGUGAUGUACAGUGUUGGUCCAUAAGAAGUGAAGGUUUUAAUUGUGCCCGUGUAUUUUUGGGCUGCACUGUCUUAAUCUUGUAUCUGAAGUGAUCCUUAGCCCUUUCUUGUCUUGGGGUUCCUGUACCUUUAGGUUGCUGUAUGGAUUUGGUCGGUCAGACAUUUUGAACAGACUACUCUAGCAAAUGUACCUGAUGUCCUCGAUACCCAAAGUGUGUGGGAGUUUGUUUGUUUCUGUACUCACUGCUGUAAAGGUUUUUUUACCUUAUGUGAUUUGAAAGCAUACACAAAAAAGCUCUCAACAUAUUUGUUUCUGUUUGUAAUUUAAUAACUUGGGGCUUUAAACUAUGAGAUUAAUGAACAUGCUUUUACCAAACGCACACAUUUAGAUUUGACUACUUUUCUACUCGUUCUGAUUGUUUUUUACGUUCUCGUGAGUUGGAGGGCAUUCUCACUCAGAAGACUAUACUGAGUGGCGAAAAACAUCCCAAAGUGUGUGUGAAGUCUCAGCCAGCUUCCUCUGACUGUGUGGUUGCAGGAGGUUCAGGCCUGGGUCUGCAGGGAAUUAGAGUCUUAAGAAUGCUGUUUUGCUUGGCACCUGCAUCACCAGAUCAGAUUUCUCAUAAGUCUUAAAUGAUGUGAAAGUGUUUCUCUUACUACUUAGUAAUUUGUACUGUGGCUUCCGUUUCUGAGAUUGUGAUUCUUUGGAGAAAAAUGAUGUGCAAAUGUGAUGUUUUGAAGGAAAUUGUAAAUCUAUCUUUUCAGCAGUUAAGCUACUUUUUGAUAUCUCAGAAUAAAAUUUUGCACAAGUCAUCUUGGCA